GUUUAGUCUCAAAAGGGUUAGUAAACCCGAGGUCGAGCGGAAUUUAAUGCAGUAAUGGCUGCAGAUCUCCAGGCGGUGCUAACGCACUAGUUGAGUUUGCAAAAUGCCGAGACGAGGCCAAAAAAGAAGAAAAGAAGGCGGUGUCAGACCGCACUAGUGCAUACGCGCCGCGGAGGAGAGGGAAGAUGGCGGAGAGGAACGUCGAGCUAGUGCCCGAAUGGAGCGAACGGGGCCUGGACACGGCCGAGGACACGCUGGUCGCGAUGGAAACUCUGCUGGCCACGCUGAGGGCUUUCGAAGACGGCCUCAGGCAGCAGGAAUUGUCCGUGGAGUCGUCCGCGGACUACUGCGACAACUUCUGUCAGGCACUUAUGCACUAUGCUGGCAGCAGAAACUCCAUAGACCAUGGUCUUCCGCUCCUCGAGGUCUACUGCCUGUCGAUAAACUGCUUUGCCGCCGCCCGCUCACACCUCACCGCAGAGUCGGACAGAGUGACUCUCGUUUUGAAGAGGCUAGCUCUAAGCUGUUUUGAACUAUUUCUGUCAGUUCCUGAAAAUGAAAUCCCUUAUGAAGCUUGGGUUCAAUUCCACCAGUCUGUUCAGAUUGCACAUGACACCUUGUUACAGUACGGAAGUACAGACCUCCAAGCUUUACUGCAGAUCACAGGAGAGGGAGGCGCAUGGAGCAAUCCCGUCCUCUCCGCCCUCCUCUCUGGCCAGCCGACCUCCCCACAAGAUGUUGAGGCUUACAUCUCCUUGGAGGGUGAGGGCUUCAUGGAGAUGCGGGUGAAGCAUCUGGAGAAGAUGGGCGAGGUGGCCAAGGCUGUGGUGUUGGCAAAAGCUUGCACGGAAUGCAGCGCCAUCACCAACCAAGCUACAUUUCGUCACACAUACGUCUCUCUGCUUUGCCAGCUGCUUCCCACUGAAGAAGCCAUAAUUGAGAUAUCCAGGCAAGACUGCAAGGAUGUCCUUGAAAUUACCUCCAAUUUGGAGACCGAGGGGGAGGAGAACACUGGGUUUAUUUUGUGCACGACCUUUCUGACUCAGCAGCUUCAGCAGCCCAGCCUUGACCACUCUUGGGAUCUGAUUCUCAUGUGGAGUAAACUUCAGAGGAGGCUGGAUUCCUCACUUGUGUCUCUUCUUGAAAGAUGCCUUCAGCUGGGUGCCAUUGCUAAAACAGUGCAACAUUUGCUUUACCUGGUCCGUGUCAUUCAAACAGAGGCAGAAGCAGUUGGCAUCGCUGCUUCAGUGGAGCUGUGUGUUAAAGCGCUACAACUUCCAAAGCAUGAUGACUCAGAAAGCAGAAUCAGCAUCUGCAAUAUGGUUUCAGGCCUCCUCCUCAGUGAUCUGGAAGUCCAGCGUGCCUGCCUGCUCACAGAGUUCCUGCUUGGGCCCAGCCAGCAAGUCUUAAGCCGCCUCGAGGAGCUCUACCAGCGCCCAGACCAAAAGUACGAUCAGGAAAGCGGCAUCAUACCCAACUCGCUACGCUGUGAACUGCUGCUUGUCCUGAAAGCACAUUGGUCCAUUGACCCUGAAUUUUGGGACUGGAAAACCCUAAAGUAUCACUGUAGCUCCAUUCUCGGGUUGAAACCUGAGUCUGAAGGGGAAGGUGAUCAGGAGCAAAGUGGAAAACCACUCGUGUUACAAGUCAACACACUGACUGAAGAACCUGAGCACAAAUCCUGUUUAAAUGGAAGUCUUUAUCUUCUCAAGGAGCCCGAUUGCGAUAAAAUGCCUAUUCACGUUGUUCAAGGAGAAGUGAGGCGAGCCAAGCUCUGCUGCCGGAUUUGUAAAAGGUCUUUCACUGACGCUCAACUCAUACACCACUCCAAAAGACACGUCAUGGACGACCAACACCCCUGCCCCAUUUGCUUGCAGAAUUUUAGGAACAGAAAAGAGCUUCUUCCCCAUAUGAGACAUCACAUCCAAAGCGAGACCCAUCACCACAGUAACAAUGUUAAGAUUGGGGAGGAUGAGAUUGAACCUGGGGAGAUUUCCAUUGAUCCGUCUUUAGUUUUGUAUUACGAAUCUACUCAUGAUCCUGAAGUGUUGCAGCACAUUGUACAGCACGCCAAGACAGUCAAAGACAAGUGCACGGACAAUGAACAUGUGACAUUCGAUUACAUAAAUCGGCACUUCAGUCUGCGGAACCGAGAGGAGUAUUUCUGUCCUGGAACUGGGUGUUCCAGAGUUUUUAAACAUUCUAAGUACUUAUAUGUGCACUUAAAGUCAGAUCACAAAGGUGACGAGAAUGUGAAGCAUUUUCAUCAGAUGAGAGAGCAACGGGAGAAGUGUGCCUUUUGCCGGCGCCAUUUUGUGUCCGCUUACCAUCACCACAAACAUCGAAAAAUUCACUACUGUGAGCAACCGUACCUGUGCGUGGUGAUGGGUUGCGGUGCCCAAUUUGGCUCUUCAAAUGAACUCGUCUUGCACAAACAGAUCCACGGCUAUCAGCUAAACUACCAGUGUGAGCUUGAGGGCUGCUAUGUGAAUUACUCAGACCUGGGGCAACUUUAUCACCACGAGGCACAGCAUUUCAGAGAUGCUGCCUUCACGUGCCCAGGCCCCAUAUGUAAAAAAUUUUACUUUUCCAAAAGGGAAUUCAUAGAGCAUUUAUCCACACACAGCAUUACUUUCUCUGAAAAGGACUUUGAGGUUCAGAGGAACGCAAAAGAGACAAUUUUCAAGGCUGAUAUGGAAAGGGCGGCCCUCGUGAAUAAUCAAGGUGAUGCUGACGGAAGUGUCAAUGGAGAGUGUCAGAAAACCUCUUCAGAGAGCUGCGCUACUUCCUGUCAACCGUCUGUCGCCAGCAAGCCGAAAGCAGUACUGACCUUGGUGGCGAUGUGUUUCGAUGGAAGCAAGUUCACCUGUGGAUUUGAGAAGUGCGGUAUGACUUUCUCCCGAGCUAGAGAUGUCCAGAGGCACUUAAAACAUGCUCACCCAGAGCACCUUAAACUGGAGAACAAAGACCACAAACCAGAUAAGGAGCGGGGCCCGAAAUGCAAAAAGGUCAAGGCUGAAAUGGAGUCUGACAAUGAGGAAGAUGAAAACCAACUCUCAGCUCCGUGCUCACCCGGAGAAGAUUUGCACGAAUGCGCGACUCCCCCCCUUACAGCAGUCCUUGAUAAAAAUGAUGUCCUUAAAGAAAUUCUCAUUGGGCUAAGUAAACUGGACCUCAAUUCUUUAUCCCCGCAAAGUGUACAAAAUAAUACGCCCCACUCCACCCAAGAAGAAAAUGCAUCCCUUCAUCGGGCUGUUAUCGAAAAGCAGCCCGUGGUUGUGCUUUCCAAAGCAUCGUCACAACUCCCGAAAGGGAACGCGACAGAAGAAAAAGCCAGUGGGUCACACCAAGUCAAUUUCAAACCCUACUCUUGCGAGAUGGGAAAGUGCAGCUUUAGGUCUGCACAGAGCAAUAGCUUGUUGCGCCACUAUGUCACCAUGCACGGCCACACGCGCGAACAGGCCAAAAGAAUGUCGUGUUUUAAGGACUCGUCAUUCAAGCCCUUUAAGUGUCAUCUGUGUUUCAAGAGUCUUAGAGAAAAAAGAGGAUUGAGGAGCCAUUAUCUUCGGACUCACAAGCUGAGUUUCACUUUGGUGGACAAAUUUGUUGUUAGAUCUACGAGAGGUACAAAGCCCACAUUACAGAAAUUGAACCCGACGGUCAAGAUAGAAGUGCCCAGUUGGGACCAUGAGAUGAAAAAAAAGAGUGACAAUAUACAAACCCCGCGUAGUUGUUCUUCAUCUUUAGAUCAAAAUGGAACUGAUCUUAAAGAGGAAGAAAGUGACCACAAGGAAGACGGUGAGGAUGAACUCAUACCCCAAGUCAGGACAAGACGCUUGGUGGCCAAAAGUAAUCUCUGCUAUAUUCUCGAUAAAUUCAAUAAACCCUUUCAUUGCGUCGCCAAAAACUGCGACGCGGCCUUCUCCACCCAGGUAGGCCUGGUGCGACACCUCCAGCUCGUACACCAUUAUAAACGCUCUCAGCUCUUGUUAGAACAAGAAGUGCAGCACAUUGCUGAAGUGAAAAAGGAGAAUGUGAAGAAAAGCCCUUCCCCAAACUCGGACGAGCCGAAACCCCAGUUUAGAUGCCAGUUUGUCAACUGCAACGCCUCCUACCAUCUCAAAAGCAGCCUCGCGCGUCACACACGGAUUGUGCACUCCCAGACGCCAGAGCUAAUUUGGUGCAAGUAUGACGGCUGCGCUGAAGUAUUCACACACACGAGUGCACUAAAAAAACACACACUGUAUCGACAUUGUCAGUACUACGACUCGUUGGUCGUACGGCUUCAGAGUACUCACAAAAAGUCUGUCACAGGAUGCCAAAAGAAGCUUAUAGUCACGCCCGCUGACCCCGUCACACCUGUCUCAACCGGCACGCCGGUACCUGAAAGCAAAGAACCUGACCAGCCAGAGGAAGCCGUUGAGGCUGUUACUACGGUCGAAAAAGAGUCAAAAAGAAAAAGACGUUUCAGCGCUUACGUUUUCAGAUCGCACGAAGAAGCUUUACAAAUGUGCCAAGACCGUUGUUUCCGUGUGGCCUACCCAUGCAUGAUUCAAGACUGUGACUCUGUCCUUAAAUACAUACAUAACUUAACCCGCCACUACAAAGCGGUCCACCAAAUGCAAAGCAUGUAUCUUAAAGAGAAUGCAGCGAAGCUCUUUUUCACUGCCGAGCGUCUGGAGGAGUUGAUUCAGUGGAAGUCGGCUCGGCCUACUGUUGUAGCCGAAGAGAACCCUCGUGGAGCGGGUAAAAUGGAGUGUCCGCCGGAGCCGGAGACGUCACAGGAACAGCCUGCUCAGGUCAACCUGCACUCUGUCGAGGCAGAAACCCAAGGGGAGGAGGUUCUUAAAGAUCCUCUCAGCUUCUCUGUGGAGGAGGUGCUGCCACCUGUUGAGAGAAAUGGUGUCCUUGUCGGUGCCGAUGACGUGUUGUAUGGAGAACCGAGUACCGGCGCUCACGCUGAGGACUCUGUCGUAACAAUGCCAAAUGGACACAAACAAGUGGAGAAAAUAUUAAACUUGGAGCAAAUAAAACCCCUUCUUCGUCCCUUUACUAUCAAUCUCUCCCCACCAUGCUCUGUACACUUUCCUACGGAGGAGGGCAUUCAGGAUGCAGCAAAAGAUGAUGGUAAAACGGCAGAAAAGUCUGCUUCGUCAUCUUUGCCCGUGCGGCAGCCUCUCAAGCGAAAAAAUGAGAUCUCCGCGCAGGCGUCCAAUGUGAUAGACCCUCAACCUCUUGGGUCCCCUCCACACGCUUUUGACAUUACCACGUACAAGCCCGUCGGCUUCGAGGCUUCCUUCCUCAAGUUCAUACAAGACAACUCACCAAAAGACAAAAAUAUGCCAGUCGCCAAACGGCGAGAAACUUCCCGGCGCAGUUGUUCGGUCAAGGAAAACAAGCAGGUGGGAAUCUCGUUCACCCGAAGUAGACGGAGUCAUCCCAUGCUUCACAAGUCCCGCGGUACGACUGGGGACUUCCCAUCGGUCCGAAACUUGAAGUCUAUCUUGGACAAAGCCCUUGCUGGGUGCGGGGACAUGGCCAUCAAGCAGCUUCAGCACCUCAGACCCGUGGUCGUCCUGGGGAAGCCGAUAUGCACGGCCACCCUGCCUCAAGUAUUCCCGUCGGGCCCAACCAACAGUAAACUGCUUCCAGGAAGUAAAGUUUAACUGUGCACCUUUUUUUUUUUUUUUUUAAAUGAAGUUGUGAUUCAACUGUUAUUGCUUUUCCAAAAUUGUUUUUGUUGCUAAGAUUCCCCGCAAAUCACGAGCACAAUGACGUUCGACCCAAGAUUUCUGUUUUUCCCCCAAGCAAUACACCCCUGCUGUGUAUAUACAUAAGCGCAUCGAGAUCUUUGUACAGGUUUACAGAUUGUUAGAAAUGCUUAGUAUUUGUGAGAGGCCUUUUUACCUGUGCCAAAAUUUAAUGCUCAAACGGUUACAAUCAGUACUUCCUACUUAACUCAACAUGAACUGAUUGGCACUUUGAAGUUCAUAUGACAUAAGUGUGGCAUUUGCAGUGCUCAACAGAUGAUACCUGUGUAACUUUCUAAUAAAUGUGAAAAUAAGUGUAUUGCUUUCUCAUGCCAUGCUUCGCAUAACAUUCCCGUUAAAGGAAAGCAUAUUUG